GAUCGACGUCCGCUCGAGAUUCUCCAGAUACCGAGCCUGGCGGUGGGGACAAGCGUCGUCGGGUCGUGGCUAUUAUGGCGCAGAGAGUUUGGCGCGAGCUCUGGCGCAGCGCUCUCGGGCUCGCCUCGGGACGCCGAGAUGGAGCACGUGCUCGCUCCGUGGAGCUGCUGCUGCAUUUGAAAGAAGAAGGAGAAGAAGGAAGGAGCGCUAGAAGCUCAUCAACGGGGCGCUUUUUCUUCCUCGUCGUCGUCCUCGCUUCGUUCGUUCCUUGGUCCUGCUCGAGGUGUCGAGUUCCGUACCGCUAGCGUAGUGGAGGAGAUUGCUAGGUUGGUAGAUAGAGUGCGCAGGUGGUGCAGAAGAGCUCGUCGGGCGCCACUGCGGCAAAUCCAGGAGGUUCAGGUGUGGUAAUGUUGACGGAUUGACGAGAUCGAUCUGAGUGAGCGACGAGCGGGCUGGCCACUGCUCACACACCCAAUUGUCUGGUGGAGGGAGGGUAGGAUCUCGUUUUCGUCGAGUGCGUUGCCAGAGAGUGGCUGACGACCGUGUGUACAUGGCGAAUUCGGUGCUGAGAAAAUGUAGGAAGAUUUGGACGUGAGACGAGGCAGAACAGGGGCGGGAAGAUUCGAUGCGGUUGGCCAAUUUCGGAUCUCGUAGGAGGAAAUCACAUUCUUGGAGCAAGGGACAUCGUCCUGGAUAGAGCAUGGCCUGCAAGCAAGGGAAGCUAGAGGAAUUAUAUCCUGGGACAGGAGUACAGGGACGAGCGGUUCUGAGAAGAGUAUGUAGCUUGUUUGCUUGAGGCAGAAUCGUAUCUAGUUUCCGGGGCAGGGCAGGACAGGACAGUGUGCAGAAGGCUUGCGAGAGUUUGGGGGCCAAGGUGAGAGGGCGCCAUGGACAUUUGGAAUUCUGUGGCCGAAUGUGGGGACAAACGGCUCCAGGCUAAAUUCAAGCUUUCUAUGAACGUGAUUGACCGCACAUUGUCACUAUACGGGUGUGAGGAAGUUGCUUUUAGCUUCAACGGAGGAAAGGAUUCUACGGUUUUAUUACAUCUUUUGCGGGCUGGCUAUGCUGUUGCCGAAUCUCAAAUAGCACCACCAGCAUGUACUGAAGAUGUACGUUCCAGAACACAACAUCGCAUCAGGACGAUCUACUUUGAAAGCCCGGAUGUCUUUCCUGAAAUUGAUUCUUUCACCCUGGAUACUGCAAAGGCUUACGACUUGGAGCUGGAGCUUAUACGUCUGGAUUUCAAGUCAGGAUUAGUGGAGUUACAAAAGAAGAGGCCCAUGAAAGCUGUGUUCCUUGGAACUCGCAUUGGAGAUCCAAAUGCGGUUGGCCAAGAGCAAUUUUCACCGAGCUCAGCUGGCUGGCCAGCAUUCAUGCGAGUCAAUCCUAUCUUGGACUGGUCGUACAGGGAUGUAUGGGCCUUCCUCCUUGCAUGUGAAGUGCCGUACUGCAGUCUAUAUGAUCAAGGGUACACAUCUAUCGGGAGCAUCCAUGACACUCUUCCCAAUGCCGCCUUGUGCAUCAGUGAUUCAAGUAGUGAUGAUAACUCUGCUGGUACCGCUGAGGGGAAGAAACUGCCGGCACCGGAUAGGAAAUUUCGACCUGCAUACCUGCUUCGAGAUGGACGUCUGGAGAGGGCUGGAAGGCUGAAAAACUUUGCUUCUGUGAAAGUUAAAUCAAGAGAUAGUCUGCGAGAAAACGGAGACAUCAAUGGGCUUAACGGCAUGAAUGGGUUAUUUGCAGCCGCAAUUUUGGUUGUUGGUGAUGAGAUACUAAGAGGUGAUGUAGAUGACAUACUGGGAAUGCAUUUGAGUAAGGAGCUGUACUCCAUUGGUUGGACAGUUACUCGUCGAGCAGUGCUCCCCAAUGAUAUAGAUGCGAUCUCUGAGGAAGUUGAGCACCGUGCAAGCGAUUGUGACAUAGUAAUUAUGACCGGGGGGGUCGGCACGAUGCAUUGUGAUGUUACCCUUGCUGGAGUGGCGAAGGCUUUUGGAGCUCGUUUGGCACCCGAUGAAGAGCUUGAGGAGGACCUCCGUCAACAUUAUGGAGAAAAUUGUCCGGGUGACGAAAACAAAAUGGCAAGGUUACCAGAAGGUAUAACUGAGCUUUUGCACCACAAGGAUGCCGCUGUUCCGGUGAUUAAGUGUAGAAAUGUGUACGUGCUUUCUGGAGUGACUACUUCUGAGUUAGCACUACAAUGGAGGUGCCUGCUGGAGUCAGCCAAGGAGAAGGAUUUGUUUCAUGUUCAACAACCUUUCACAUCAAUCAGGCUUCGAACAAGUCUCCCUGAAGUGGAGCUUGCAGGGCCUUUGGCACGAUUUGACUCCGAGUUUCCAGACUUGACAAUAGGCUGCUACCGAGAAUCAUGCCAGUUUCAAGCUAUCAAAGGAGGAGACAGUAGAAAUCAAGGCCAACUUAUAAUUAGCGUUGUUGGCAAGGAACCCUCACGAGUAAACUCUGCGGCGAAGACUCUCGCCAAUGCUUUUCCUGAAGGGGUAUUUUCAGAGAUGAGCAAAGGUUAAGGCACAAGGCAUGCUCUCACCGAUGCUCUUCCAAGUCUCGUCAAUUUGUGAUCAUCUUGAGUUGGGGAGCGCAUUUGUUACGUCUACCUCAUGAACAGAAGUUAGAUGAGUUGGCGCGCAAAGACUAGUCGAGCCAGUCGUCAUGGAAGCAGCCAGGUUUUUAACUGAAUGCCUCUUCUCUAGGUACGUAUCAACUAGAUAUAUGGACAUUGGCCCAAUCACCAGUCUGGUUGCCUCCAUACAUAUCUAUAAUUACGUUCUUUCUUUAGGCUUAGACCUGAGAACUCGUAAGAUUUAAUCAUUAAGCAAACAUUUUCAUUACAGCAAUUAAUUGGCAUUAACCUAUGUUUUACACAAGUUGGUGAGGAGGGGUGCUUGAGGCGAUUCUCAUGUAAUUUUGUGGCAAUCACGCCAAAUAAAAUUUAAUUCAGCAAUAUUUC